GUUGGAUUUUUGUUUUGUUUAAUAAGAUAAAUAACUUAAUAUUAGUAUUAAAUCGCUGUAUACUAUUUAAUGCACCACAUCCGUGACUUUUACACUCUCCAUUUUAAUUCGGAUUAUUUGUCUUGUGUGGACAUAGAAAAACGCGUUCUCGCUAUUAUUUCGGGGCAAGCUAGAAUGAGCAUACGGAAACACUCAGAAAUUAUCUAUAACAUCACAAUCAAACUGUAGUUCUUUGUAGUAAGUAUAAUUCAGGCAGUUAGUGGGCACUCUUAGCGCGCAGGGCCCUUUUAGUCCAAUAUGGCGGCGCCUAGUGGAGCACUAAACUGUGAGGACUUUUCAAUGUUUCAGGAAGUAAUAAAAGUAAUGCGCACCAUUGACGACAGAAUUGUCCAUGCCCUUAAUACCACUGUGCCCACUGCAUCCUUCUCUGGCAAAGUGGAUGCCACACAGACCUGCAAAGAUCUUUACAAGUCUCUCAUGGAGGCUCAUCUUUCCAGAGAUAAAGCAAUAAAAGCAUGUAUUACAGAGACCUCAGCCAUCAUCGGGCAGUUACGUGAAGAGAGAGCAAAGGAUAAUGACAAUUUGUCAAUUAUCAAGCAACCAAGGAAAGAGCAAACUAAGUUAAAAUUCAUGCAGUCAGAGCUAAACGUUGAAGAAGUGGUCAAUGACCGUAGUCUGAAGGUUUUCAACGAACGGUGCCGAAUUCACUACACCCAUCCCAAGAUCGUGUGAAUGUUAGUUCUGUUCUGUCAAGAGAAGUCAAAAAUUAACUCAGCUGUUGAGGACAACAGGCAGCGGCCCACCCAAGUGUCACUGUCGCUUGCCCUACAAAACCUCUCCCCUCCAGUCUCCUCUGUGGCUUUGUUUCUACAGUGAAGGAGCACUACUGUUUUCCAAGUCCU